AUCUCAAAUCUAAUAAGCAUCUGAGGAACAAAAGAAUGAUGAUCAUCACGAGAACAUCUAUCUUUGCUUUCCUACAAUUGCUAAUGAUUGAAUCGGCAGUAGGCCAAGCUCUGGUGAAGCUUGGUUAUAAAGAGCGUUGUGGGAAUGUCAGCAUUCCAUAUUCCUUUGGAAUCAGAGCAGAUUGCUACAUGCACAAAGGGUUUGAGGUCUCCUGCAACAAAACUUCCAACCCACCUACAACUUUACUAACCAGCAUAGAGACUCAGGGGCUGUAUUUCUCUCUUGAUCACAUCAUAGUUAAUGUCCAAAUGCCAGUCAUAUCCCAGCAGUGUUCUGUAAGUUUGAAAUUUUUGGAUUUCUCGGGAAAUCCUUUCAUGUCCUACAAAAAGAGAAUGUCGUUGCCUCCUGAGGGAUAUGUUCCAGCUGUGUUAGACUGGGUGAUUACUGAUGAGGAUGCAUCACAAUUACCAUAUAGAUAUGAUCAUGCAUUUAAUUGUUCCCAGUUUAAUGGUACUAUUGCUAAUUCUUCCUUCUUUUAUAAUACUUCUUCCCUCCCUCCAAUGCCCCUAAACAGAAGUCGAUGAUGUUUUUGUGAACAGGGAUUUCAAGGCAACCCUUACCUACCUUGUGGAUGUCAAGGUAAACCAAGUGUGGCAGGUGUACAAAUUGGAAUUUUUUUAUUAUGCCAUGAUAUUUUUUAUUUUUGUUAGUAUCGUCUUGCUGAUUUUUUUUCUUUUUUUUUGUCUUAGAUAUUGACAAAUGCAAUGAACCCAGGCACAUUUU